AUGACCACCUACGCGAUCAUUGGCGCCUCCAGAGGUAUCGGCUUGGAGUUCGUUCAGCAGCUACGCACGGAAUAUCAGGCAAAGAAGCCGGACGCAGUCGUGUUUGCCGUCGUCCGCGAUGUCAGCCCGGCGUACCUCCAGCCCGUGGCAGCGGCACACAAGAACGUCCACGUCAUACAGGGCGACGUUGCGGACCACGGAUCCCUUGCGCGCGCUGCUGAAGACAUUGCUGCCAUGUACGGAGGUGUCCUCGACGUUCUCAUCCAUAACGCUGCUCGCAUGAACUCUGCUCAGAUCUUCCGUGGUUUCGAGGAUUACAAAGACCUUGACGAGCUGGAUGCAGACUUUGUUGACGCCUUCAAGAUCAACACGCUCGGCGUCGUCCACAGCGUCUCCGCCUUUCUUCCUCUGCUCCAGCGUAGCACAGCGCCGACGCGGAAGAUCGUCGUCAUCAGCAGCGGCGGAGCGAUCCCCGGGCGUGUUGUGCGUACCUCCGAGACCGGCAUCGUCGCGUACUGCACGACCAAGGCUGCCGCGGUCAUGGUCGCCGCGAAGUAUGCCGCACGCCUCGCCACCGAGAGGUUCGCUGUCGUCUCCAUGAACCCCGGGGUUGUCGACACCUCCGGGACGGCCGCUGCUACCUCGGAGCGUUCGUUCCAGGAUGUGGUCGACGAUUUGAGCGAGGCAGGGCUCAACACAGAGCUCCUCACGCCGUCGCAGUCUGUCGCGGCACAGCUUGCUGUUAUCGAACGCCUCACCCCGGAGGAGAACGGUGCAUUUCUGUCAUACACAGGAGAGACGGCCGCAUAGUGCUGAGUACCUAUAUUGUGCAAGUCGUGAUUGGAAGGGAAAUGUGCGCACCGGUGUAUGCUUACGACGUGUUCAGGUAUACGCUUAUCCAACUCUUCG